AUGCGGGUGGGAAAAAUGCGAUUUGACAUUUCUCAUGCCCCCAUCCUCAAAGAAGUGUCUUCUAACAGAGGAAUCAACAACCGAUGCUAUACUGCAGUGCGCCUUCUGUAUUUGCCAGACAGCACCCAUCUGUUUAAACCAGCAGCUGACAGUGAGCUUGAGUCAAGGAUUUCAUCUCUUAACCUUUCCCAUGUUGACUUGGUGAAUACAGCCUGGAAGUUUGGAGGGAAUAAGCAGGGUUACAGGAACAUUGAAAACCUCAUCAGCAACUUCCCAUCAUGCUGCAUCACUGACGGCCAGGGUCAGCCGCUGUCCUGGAUCCUGGUGUAUGAUUACUGUGCAUUGGGCUUAUUGUACACUCUGCCAGAGCACAGAGGGAAAGGCUACGCAAAAGUCCUGGUCAGCGCCAUGGCCAAGAGACUCCACUCUCAGGGCUAUCCGGUGUACUGCUUCAUAGAGGAGGAGAAUGACACCUCCUACAAGCUCUUUAAAAAUCUGGGUUUCAUUGAGGAACCCUCUUACAGGGCGGCAUGGUUGGAAUUCAACUUUUGAUGUUGUACUCAUUGUGAUCGAGUUUAUAGCUGACAUAAUAUCAGGUAAACAUUGUUUUUCUCAGUGAAUGAAUAUGGGAGCAAACUAUUCAUUUUACAAAUGUUAAAGGCUCUCCAAAACAAUGCAUCAAAACCUGUUUGGUAAUAAUGGUUCCCCUAAAUAAAGACAUGUCAUGCAUACGUGU